AAAUGCCGAAUCGCUGAUUACCGUGGAGAUCGAUGUGAUCGCCCUCUUCGCUCUCUCACUUCUUCUAUACGUAGAGUCUUCGGCGCUUCAGUGUACAAGGAAUAUCUGGAGAAGUGCAUGACUGGGAACGCGAGCCGACGACAGUAUUUUCUUCACAGCGAAAUACUCCCUCCCUUUGCUUAUUAAUUCUUUUGUGUUUUCUGUAACGGGCGAGAGAUAGAUUAUAGUUUCAAAAGACGGCUACAGCGACGACGACGAUUUUUUUGCAACCAGUACAAUUAUUCGCCAUUAAGUCCCUCCCUGGGACUUAUCCCUGAGAAAAGCGUGUAGGAGCGUGGAUCUUGACCUAUUUUAAAAGCCCACCCCUAAUAAAGUGCUAUGGAACAGGUGUGUACGCCAUUGGAAUGUCUACUUCCCACUGGAAACCUAAGGUUUUGCCUUCUGAUUCUUAAUCAGCCUUUGAACAAAGACCAUUUUUAUCAUUUAUGGAAUAAAGAAACAGAUUCUGUUCGCAGCAGAGAAGAAGCUACUUUCAAUAGGAGUAAUAAAGCAGUUCUGAGAGCAUGUGCUGAUGGAGGUGCUAAUCAUUUGCAUUGUAUCACCGAUGGAAACUGUGACAGUUUUCUGCCUGAUUAUAUCAGUGGGGACUUUGACUCUAUUCUACCUGAAGUAAAAGAAUAUUAUAUAGAGAAGGGAUGUGAGCUCAUACAGACACCAGAUCAAGACUUAACAGAUUUCACCAAGUGCCUUCAGAUACUUCAACAGAAAAUAGAAAAAAGCAGCUUGCAGAUGGACAUGAUUAUAACUUUGGGUGGACUUGGAGGUCGCUUUGAUCAAAUCAUGGCAUCUGUGGAAACUCUCUUCCAUGCAGUUAAGAUAACCUCUUUUCCCAUCAUAAUUAUUCAAGAGUGUUCCUUAAUAUACCUACUUCAACCUGGUAAGCACAAACUUCUAGUGAACACAGGACUUGAAGGGAAGUGGUGUGGUUUAAUUCCAGUUGGGAAUCCUUGUGAAUGUGUAACAACAACAGGUCUAAAAUGGAACCUCAAUAGAAGUAUUUUGAAGUUUGGAACACUUGUCAGCACAUCAAAUAGUUAUGACGAAACUGGGAUAGUGACCAUUGAAACUGACAAGCCUUUGCUUUGGACAAUGGGAAUUAAAGAUAAAGGAGAUGCUUGAAAGAUUGUCACCCUACUUAGUUCAACUUGAAAUUCAAAAAUGAAAUUUUCUGGACUCUUACCCACUAGGGAACUGAGAAUUUUAUUCUGCAAUUAUUUCAUUAUGCUUUUAUAAAAAUUCAACAUUUUAUGUAGUUAGUUUUUAAAAUGAAGCUUCAAUCUAUUGAACGCCAUAGAUUUUAUGAUUUUUUUAAGCAAAGCUGCAUUUACGUUUUUAAAACCUGAAAUUGAAUGUAUUUUCAAAUUACUCUGUAACCAAUGCAUAGAAAAGCUGCUUUAAGACAUGUAAGAUGGGUAAGCAAAAGUAGAUAUAUACAACAUUCCAUGCUGUAUUCUAGCUGUUGCUUUUAUGCUCAAACUCUUUAGCAAAACUUCGCUAUUGGUUAAAAAUAAGCAGUGCCUCUUAUUAGUUACUGACUAAUUAAUACCCAUAUAAUAUGUUACUGUGACUAAAAAAAUGCAUGCAAAAUUAGUCUAGAAAAUGCAAUACAAAUCAAAUAUUGCAUGGGAGUAGAAACAUCCAUACUCCCCUGCAACCCUCAACACACACCUGUGCAUAAGCAUAAAGCCUGGCUUCACUCACUCUGCUCUAUCAGAGAUCAUCUAUCUUUUAUCCACUGCAUGGAAAAGUACUCAGUAAAUUCUACUCCCACUAACAGAACAGUAAUUUUUAUCUCCCACUUAUUGGUCAAAUAGUGACCAGUAGCUGGGAUUUAUUUAUGACGCAGAGGACACAUAAAUAAAUGGCCCACAACAAUAACUUAUUUUGUUUACAUUAAAACAUAGGAAAGAUAUAAAGAAACUGUUAUUUGCUUGCUUUAAAACAACAUAAGAAAAAUAUAGUGAAACUGUUAUUUUGCUUGCAUUAAAACACAGGAAAAAAGAUUUAGUGAAACUAUUUGUUUGCUUGCAUUAAAAUGACAUAGGAAAGAAACUGUGUGACAGUAUUGACAGAACAGGAAAUGAGUUCGUAUGUAUAGUGUCUAAUAUGUGCACUUUAUCGCCUGAUCCCAUGGCAGCUAAGUAUCACAUAGGUCUCUGCAAAUAAAAUUAAAUCAGAAUGAA